AUGAUCGUGCCUGUGAGAAGGACCCUGGCUCUGGCCGCCUCCAGGGGGAGUCGUCAAGCCCUCCUCAUCGCCCGGACGGCGACCACGACCACUUGGAGACCUGUUGCCGCUCGCCGGCCAGUAACAGCCUGUUUCGCUGCUGUUCCCUUCAGCACAGCAGUCCGUCUUUGCAGCCAGGAUGCCUUCCACGCCCAGCUUGAGAAUGGCGCCCCGCUGAAGAGCAACCUGCCGCCCGUCCCUCAGACGCUUACCGAAAAGAUCGUCCAGAAGUAUGCCGUGGGCCUGCCAGCGGGCAAGAAGGUCAAGUCCGGUGACUAUGUGACUCUGGCCCCUCACCACUGCAUGACCCACGACAACUCGUGGCCCGUCGCUCUCAAGUUCAUGUCCAUCGGCGCCUCCAAGAUUCACAACAACCGCCAGAUCGUCAUGACCCUGGACCAUGACGUCCAGAACAAGAGCGAGGCAAACCUAAAGAAGUACCGUCAAAUCGAGGAGUUCGCCAAGAAGCAUGGUGUCGAUUUCUACCCCGCCGGCCGGGGUAUUGGCCACCAGAUCAUGGUUGAGGAGGGGUACGCCUGGCCCGGUACCGUCACUGUGGCUUCCGACUCCCACAGCAACAUGUACGGCGGUGUCGGCUGCCUGGGCACUCCCGUGGUUCGUACCGAUGCUGCCAGUAUCUGGGCCACCGGCCGUACCUGGUGGCAGAUCCCUCCGAUCGCCAAGGUCACCUUCACUGGCGUCCUCCCCCCCGGCGUCACGGGCAAGGACGUCAUUGUUGCCCUCUGCGGUCUCUUCAACAAGGAUGACGUCCUGAACCACGCCAUUGAGUUCACCGGUUCCGAGGAGACCAUGCGCAGCAUCCCCAUCGAUGACCGUCUUACCAUUGCCAACAUGACCACCGAAUGGGGUGCCCUAAGUGGUCUGUUCCCCAUUGACUCGGUGCUGCAGUCGUGGCUACGGGCCAAGGCAACAACCUCGGCCAUGCUGCGCCCUGAGCUGGGUGAUCAAGCUCGGUUCACGCACGCUAAGAUCGACGAACUAAUCAACAACCCGCUCACUGCCGACCCUGGCGCAACCUACGCCAAGGAGCUCUACCUCAACCUGUCGACGCUGUCCCCCUUCGUGGCCGGCCCUAACUCGGUCAAGGUUGCCACUCCGGUUAAGGACCUCGAAGCCCAGAAGAUCAAGCUCGACAAGGCUUAUCUGGUCUCCUGCACGAACUCUCGUGCCUCAGACAUCGCGGCUGCUGCUCGCGUCUUUCGCGAGGCUGCCAAGGAUGGUGUCAUCCCUAAGAUUGCGGACGGCGUCAAAUUCUACAUCGCCGCCGCAUCCCUGCUCGAGCAACAGGCGGCUGAGGAAACCGGUGAUUGGCAAGUCCUGCUCGAGGCCGGCGCCGAGCCCCUGCCCUCCGGCUGCGGUCCUUGCAUCGGUCUGGGCACUGGUCUGCUCGAGCCCGGUGAGGUCGGCAUCAGCGCCAGCAACCGUAACUUCAAGGGCCGCAUGGGCUCGACCGAAGCCAAGGCGUACCUGGCCAGCCCCGAAGUUGUUGCGGCGAGCGCCCUUAAGGGCUACAUCGCCGGUCCCGGCUGGUACCAGAAGCCAGAGGGCGUCGAAAAGGUCAUUGUUGGCGAGGGCAGCGGCAACUUCGAGCAGGACAAGGCUCGCAGCAUUGAGGAUGCCCUCGACAAGCUCGUCUCGCAGGCCGAUAAUAUCAUCGCCAACGCCGAGAAGGACCUGUUCGGCGGCGCCUCCGACGCGGCUGCUGCUGCUGAGGAAGAGGAGACCCUGACCGAGAUCUUGCCCGGCUUCCCCGAGAAGAUUGAGGGCGAGAUCGUCUUCUGCGACGCCGACAACAUCAACACUGAUGGCAUCUACCCCGGCAAGUACACAUACCAGGACAACGUCCCCCCGGAGAAGAUGGCCGAGGUCUGCAUGGAGAACUACGACAAGGCCUUUCGGGAGAUUGCUCGUCCCGGCGACAUCCUCGUCGCCGGCUUUAACUUCGGCUGCGGCAGCUCCCGCGAGCAGGCCGCUACCGCCAUCCUAGCCAAGAAGAUCCCGCUUGUCGUGGCCGGCAGCUUUGGCAAUAUCUUUAGCAGGAAUAGCAUCAACAACGCCCUGAUGGGCGUCGAGGUGCCCCGCCUGGUGAAGCGCCUGCGUGAGACGUUCAAAACUAAGGAUGGCGAGGAGAAGGUGCUUACUCGGCGCACCGGCUGGAAGCUGACCUGGGACGUGCGUCGUAGCAAGGUCAUUGUUACGGAGGGUGAGGGUGGCCAGACCUGGAGCCAGAAGGUUGGUGAGCUGCCGCCGAAUGUGCAGGAGAUUAUUGCCCGGGGUGGAUUGGAGAAGUGGGUUAAGGCCCAGAUUGAGGCUUGA